AGUCAUAAACCUAUUUCUACAAUUUCUCUUCCUAAAAUGUGAUUUUAAACCUGACCCUAACCUUAAAUUAAGACCCAAUUUGGACUUGGUGGUGGAGGUAGCUAGCGGAAAUCAUGUGGCUCGGGUUGACCGGAAGUCUUUUUCUGGAGUCACAUAAAAAAACGAAAAUCGAUGCUAAUGUUAGCCACCCUUGUAGCUACUGCCAAAAACGCUUUGAGAAGAAUCUUCAGAGGAUCUGGAUGCGAGCUGGACUGAAGAAAGCCCCAGAGGAAUGGAAUACACCGAAGAUCUUCAACAAACAAUACAAGUCUUGGAGAGAUUGAAGAGUACACAGUGAAAGUUUAUGGCACACUGCUGACUGACAGCCUGCUCUUCUCUCUGCUCCUUGAAAUAAGACAUCAGUGAUGUGGACAUUUUCUAGUUGUGUUCUGCCCUCUCCUGUUAAGUGUGAUGGUCGUUGCAAGUAGGUGAAAAAAAACAAUAAAGAUUUGUUUCACAUCCUAAUUAUUGUCUCUACUUAUCUUAUUUAAUAUAUCAUGCCAGUAUGUUCAUACCUGCUUAGCAUAGGCUGUUAUUUUAUACAAUCUACUAUGCAAUUUCCUAAGUCAAACAGUUGGUGGCAUUAUUGUACAAAUUCUGUUUAAUUGAACAUUGUGAACUUGGCAGUCUCAAAGAUGUUCGGCUGAUAUAGUCUAUUGUUGUAAAGUCAGUGACCAAGUUAUAAAACUAUAUUCUGGUAAGGUAUGAUAUUAGGUCAGAAGAAGUGGUCACUUUCAAAGAUGUUCUCACUCAGUAGCAGUGCCAGGAAAGUGUAGGGUUUCACAGGCAAGCGGAGGAGGGACAUACAUAGCUGAUCUAGACUCUGGAGACGUCUGCAGUUUUGUUGCUGGUUUAUGAACUUUCUUCAGGUGUUGCUGUCCUCUAUCCAUUGAUGCGCAAAACACUGUGUUGUAACCUACCUACUUUUAUCAAUUUUUUUGAGUAAGAGUUGUAGAAGAGAGACUGGAAGACAUGUUGCUGUUGUUUCUAAUUUCUUCUGUCUUCUUCCUGCCCAGUGCAUGGGGCCAGAGCAGCAGCAGGUUAGGUGUGGUGGUGGAGGCCCGUAACAUCACCCUCCCAGCCGGGACCCAGGCCGUGCUGCCCUGCCACAGCCCCCACAUGAUAUGGACCCGGGACCGGCUGAAGGACCGCCAGAGGGUGGUCCACUGGGACCUGUUCCGGAGCACACCAGAGUACUCUGUGGAAAGGAUACUGGACAUGUCCACCGGCGUCAAAGAGAGAGUCUACAAUGGGUUCAACAAGGGCCGAGUAACCAUCCCCAAAACCGCCUUCACUGACGGGAACUUCUCCCUCGUCAUCAACAAUGUAGGAACAGCUGAUCGAGGUGUUUAUAGUUGUAAUCUGCAUCACCACUACUGCCAGCUGCACCAGUCCAUCAAGAUACAGCUCAACACCACCAAGUCAGCCCGUAACGAGAAGCGCUACUGGGACGGGGACAAGACAGUGUUUGUGGUGUUGCUGGGGAGCUCUGUGGUGUUGCCUUGUGUGAACAGGCGGCCCCUGUGGAUGGAGGGGCAGCAGGAGGACCAGCAGCAGGUAGCCCACUGGGACUGGCAGCCCCCUGGGGUGAGACCUGAUGGAGCUGACCGCCUGGUGGACCUGUACGCCUCUGGAGAGCGCCGGCAGUACGGACCGCUUUUCCCCGUGGACAAGAUGAGUGUCUCUGAGGAUGCCUUCUCUGUAGGGGAUUUCUCUCUGACCAUCUCUAAUCUCCAGCCUGUCGACAAGGGCCUGUACUCCUGUCACCUGCACCACCACUACUGCGGCCUGCACGAGAGACGCAUCUUCAGGCUCAUGGUGAAGCCUUCACUGCCCCCACCUCCUCCGGUCCUCACCGCUGCCCCUGUUGCCCCUGCUGUCCCGACUGUCCCUGCUAUCCCCCACGCACUCCCCAAUGAUGACCCAAGCCCUAACGUGGUUGAACUUGAGAGACCACGGGUAGUCAACGUCAUCCUCCCUGAGCACCGAGGUCACUUCUUCCAGCAGAUGGGCUAUUUCCUGGCUACCUUCCUCCUCCUAGCCUUCAUCAUAACAAUCGUCAUUGUGCUUACCCAACAACGCAGAAAGAGAGGGCUGGAGUACGACCUGCGAAGAUCUGAACGGAGUCAUGUGACUGGCCACGAUGACAUCACAUUGGAUGCCAUAGAGCUGAAGGUCUGCAACCAGGAAUACCUGAAUUCAGACUGCAAAAACAACCUACAGAAAGAGAGAGAUGUGUCCAAAGGCUGCAAUAAAGAAAUGGAUGGAAAGUUGUGGAUGUGAGCCAGAGAGAGCUGAUGUGCCGCUGGCGGCUCCAGAGCAGACAUACAUGACUAGGAAGAGGAAAUAAGGGAUUAGAAUGGUGGAAUCCAAAGAGGAGGACAGGAGGGACUCUGUCUCUUUUUAUAGACACCCCUUACCAAACUCUCUUACCAAAACGUUUCUGUUGCUGCGCCAGUUUUUAAUAUUUUAUUUUAUAUUUUCAUACUCGUGUAUUCUCUAUUCUGAUCUGCUGUUAUUUCAACAUGGCUAUACAUGUCCUCAAUUUUGUAUUGUACUACACAGAUAUUUAAUGUCAAGUAUUCUAUAUCACAAAGAACAACCAGUGUGUACUGUACAACAUUCCUUGUCUUUUUGUACAUAACGAAACACUUUCUAUCACUGUAUGACUUCAUUUUCAGAAUGCAUGUUGUCUUUAAAUGUAUGUGGGAAAACUGUCAUGUUCCGUUUAUGAUUUCAGAGCUCAGCAAGCACAGAAUUAGUUGAGUAUUUUUAUUAAAAUAUUUGCACAAACCUUUAAUUUACUAGUAACAUGUUACAUUAAGUCAUGGUAUUCUGUCUGUAAAGGGUUUGUAAAGGGUUAUAAGUAUUUUAUAGCUAUGCUGUUAAUUAUUAGUUUGUAGAUUGCUUAGAAAUCAGUAAUACGCCAUUGUAACUGUUAUAAUGGUACUCUUACCAAGUUCAUAUGUGAUUCAUGAUCAUGGACCACAAAGAAAGGCUAUACAUGUAAUAAAACUCAGGAAAUCAAGCCUUAAACAGAA